AUGACGGUUCACCUGUUGUGGAUUAUCAACCAGUCCGGGCAGCUCAUCGCGAAGUCUAGUUUCACGGCCCCGGAGAACAUUGGGGAACUUGGCGCUAAACCGGACCUGCAGCUUACCAUGUCCAGCAUUCUCUUCUCCACAUACGGCAUGUCGCAGGAGUUGACACCCAACGCCAAUCCCGUUGAUAGUGCGGGAAUGACACUUGUGGAAUGUGAGGAGCACAAUAUUCACAUAUACGAGACUCCAACGUUGGUGAAGUUUGUGCUCGUUUCCGAUAGCCGCACCCGUGAGUGCAAUGCCUUGUUUCGCGAGCUGCACUCCCUUUACGUGGAAUACGUGAUGAAGAACCCCUUUCACAUUGUAGACGAGGGGGGCAUCGGACAACCCAUCCGCAUUGCAGCUUUCACAGGGGCUGUUAAAAGAGCUGUUGAUCGCUAUCACGCUGCCGGCGUGUUGACUGCCACACGGAAAUGA